AUGGGCCGUGGAUUCGGGAGAGGACUGAGGGUUGCCAUCGUGACACACGCACAGGGUAAAAAUACAGGCAAGAAAACCCCACGGGGUCUUCGGGGGUCGCGCCAAAUAAAACGCAAGAGGUUCCAGCAGAAGCACGACGACCAGCUGAAGCUGGAGGAGUCUAUGGGACUAGGGCCCGUUACUAAACGCGUCGCUGAGAAACCAUUAGCACAACAAAUUGCAGCUGUUCAGUUCCCGCAUGUGAUCAAUAAGAGACAGAAGGGAUUCAAACAGCUGCGCAAACAAAUCAUUCACGGAGUUAAGAGCAUUCGGCGAAGACACGCCGAAAGGAAGAGGAAACAGGCGGGGAAUUCCGACCCUACCCGGGGACAUGCGAGUUCAUAG